AUGGAUGUCGAUACCAACAUGAAUUUCGAUAUGGCUGAAGACUUUGUCAUCCCAGAUAAUGAAAUGAUGGGUAGCUUAACCACCAAUGAAUUUUAUCAGAUCAAUCCUCACGUAAAUAUGAAACCUGGGAAUGAAGUGAAUAUGGAUGACUUGAACUAUAAUUUAGCUGGAUUCCAAUAUAACAACGAAUCAUUUUCAGAUAAAUCAUCACCAUCGACCAACAACUCAUUGGUCAUGACAGUUGACCAACUGAUUUUUCCAGCUGACAAAGAAGAAAAUCUCAAUUAUCAUGUGUUAUCCAACAAAAACUCAAGAGCUUCAAAUCUUAGUAAUUCAACUAUUAACAGAAAAGAUCAAGAAAAGAAAUCUAAAAGACAAUUGUUAGAUGAACAAGAUGCCAUGUUAAUAGCUAAAGAUGAUUCCGAACUCACUGAAGCCGAAUUACAAUUGAAAAGAAAGGCUCAAAAUAGAGCUGCUCAAAGAGCUUUCAGAGAACGUAAAGAAACUAAAUUAAAAGAUUUAGAACUCAAGUUAAAUAAAAGUGAAGAAGAAAAACAACAAUUAAUUGACCAGUUAGAAGCUAUCAGAAGAAACAAUUUAAAUGUUAUAGCUGAAAAUCAAAAAUUAAAAAACUCCAACCCUUUUGAUCAUUCUAAAGAUUUUGCUUUCCCAAAGAAUGAAAAACAAUUCAUUGAUGGUAUGUUAUCAGGUACUCAUCAUGUUUUCCAAGAAGAUUUCAGUAAGAAAGCUUAUGAUUCCCCUGAUAAUGGUAAUAGAGUUUUAGCUUUAGGAGCUGUAUGGGAUUACUUACUAUAUAAAGUUGAAACAGAGAAUUUAAAUGUAGAUGUCGUAGAAGUAAUGAGGAAAUUGAAAGGGAAUGAAAAAUGCCAUGGUUUUGGUCCAGCUUAUCCUGUUGAUUUGAUUGAUCAAGUGUUAGAAGCUUGUGCUGAAUAA